AUGGCAGGUGGUGCUAACGAAAUCGACCGUGAGGAUGAGGUCUACUCCCCCGCAGAAGCUGUCAAGGAGGUGCGCGAAGCUUCGCUUCGCAGCCAGGCCUUCAUGCAGCAGCUCUCAGAUCAGAUCAAACAGUCAACGAAUGAGCAGCGGGAGACCCUGGCCAAGCAAUCAGAGCAGAUUCAAUCCCUUCAAGCGCAGCUCCAAGCGAAGUCCAUCCCCAAGAGAUCAGACAAGGUGACCAACCCUCAAGUGAAGAGACACAUGGAGCCUCUGGAGAAGGCUCAGCAUGCACUGUCCCAAGCCAAGUCUGCAUUCGACGGUCAUCUCGAUGGUUCCUCUCCGCUGGCUGAUCUCUCUGAGGAGCAAAUCGCGGCUCUCAAGAACCAGUGUGAUGAAGGUGAGCAUGCUAUUGCUGAACGCAUGCUUUAUCUGGAAGAUUGGGAGUCUGAGGGUCAGGAGGUAGCGGAUGAGAUGCUGCGUCUUCGGGAAGAGGCUACGAAGGAUCCUGCAGAACUCUCCUUGGUUAACCGCGCAAAGAAGUCCCUAGCAGAGAAACGGAAAGCUAGCGAGGAAGCAUCCAAACCUUCCAAGGAACAGAAAUCAAACCCUUCCCAACAAGCCAGCAACCGCAAUUUCUCUUUUCGCUCUCGUUCCCCCUCUCCAUCUCCUGGUUGGUUCGUCCCUCCUCCUUCGCCUCUCAUCAUGCCUUCGCCAGUCUCUCAGCCAUUCCUCAAUCCAGUUCCUUCGCCUAUCUACCAGAGCCAAUACUUUCCUUCGAACCGCUCCCCUUCCCCAGCCCCCCUCCCUCCUCCUGUCCUCGCUCCCAUCCCUCGCGCUCCAGCAACCGAUGAAUCCCUUCAUAAGCUUGCCGACCUCACGGAGGCCGCCGAAUUUGAGGGUUUUAAGAACCCGGGAAAGGCUGCUGCGUCAAAACCUUCUGCUAGCAAGCAGGAGCCCUGGCUGCGUCAUAGACUUCGACGCCAUGUCCAGUUUUGGCAGUCGUUCGUUACUUCGACCUUCGUUCUAGGCAUCCUUCUCUCAGGUUAUCAGCUCCCUUGGACUUCUUCCCCUCCUUUGGAGCCUCAUCGGCAACGCAACCAUCCCUCAGCGUUUGAGCACGCCGACUUCGUCACGGAAGCUGUCCGCUCCCUCAAGGCUACUGGCACAGUUCUACCGGUGGACCGCCCCCCCUUUCUGGUUAGUCCCCUUGGCGUCGUGCCAAAGGCAGAAGACAAACUCCGCUUGAUCUUAGAUCUUCGGUUUCUCAACGGCUUUCUUCAAGUCCCCAAGUUUAAAUACGAAUCCCUCCGGCUCAUCUCCGAACUCUGCCUUCCUCAAGAUUUCCUUUUCACGAUUGAUCUGAAAGCGGGGUAUCACCACAUCGACAUUUACGAACCCCACUGGAAAUACUUGGGAUUUGAGUGGCAAGGCCAGUACUUCGUUUUCACUCAGCUGCCUUUUGGUCUCGCUCCAGCCUGCCACGUCUUCACUAUGGUCAUGAGACAACUCACAAAGUCCUGGCGCGCGCGCGGCUUUAAGCUGGUCCAUUACAUAGACGAUUUCUUCUUUACUUGUCGCUCGGCGGCCGAGUUCUCUCGCGUCCAGGCGUCCGUUUUGGCGGAUCUCGCAGCAGCCGGCUUAGUCGUGUCGCUAGAGAAGUGCCAGCUCAGUCGCAGCCACGUCGUCAAAUUCCUCGGAUUUGUCGUCGACACUCUGUUCUGCCAAUUUCGUUUGACCGCUCUUCAAAAGCAGAAGCUCAGCUCCGCCAUCCAAGCUUGUCUCCGUUCGCCUCGCGCUGUCCCUGCCAAGCUCCUUGCUCGCGUCACAGGCAUCAUCACUUCCUUCUCGCUAGUUACAGGUCCCAUUUCCGGCUUGUUUUCUCGCUCGCUCCACCGCGCGCUCGCGUCCCGCACUUCGUGGUACAGUAAGGUCCCCUUAGACGCUGCAGCUGUCGCUGAUCUCCAGUUCUGGCAAGCUAAUCUCCCGCUCUAUCAGACUCGUGAUAUCUGGCGACGUCAUUCCAUUUUGCGCGUCAUCCACUACGACGCAGGGGGCCACGGCUGGGGUGGUCAUCUCGAAAUUGGCAAGGGGCGCCACGAGGCGCACGGCGCCUGGGAACAGCAUGAAGUGCACGGCGUCGCCUCUUCAACUUGGCGGGAAUUAACCGGCCUUCUCCGUCUCCUCCAAGCUUUUCGUCCGUUUCUCUGCAAUUCUUCCGUUUUGGCGCGUGGCGACGCUCUCAACGUCUUCACGCUUCUUUCUAAGGGCGGAUCUGCGAAGGAACACCUGCAGGCUGUCUGCGUUCAGAUCUUCAAGUUUUGCGCAGAACAUCGAAUCGAGCUCCGCCCGGAAUGGCUCCCUCGCGAGCAGAACGUCCACGCAGACUACCUGAGCAAGAUCAGAGACUUUGAUGACUUCGGCCUCUCGCCCGAGACUUUUGAUUUUGUCGCCCGGCAGUUUGGGCCGUUCACGGUUGACAGAUUCGCGAGUGAGCACAACGCGAAGCUCCCUCGCUUCGACGCGUUCUUCUGGUGUCCCGGCGCGGCGGCCGCGAACACCUUCACCCAGGAUUGGGGAUCCCCCGAGCGGAACUACUGUUUUCCGCCCCCCGCACUGGUGGCCCCCGCGCUCCGCCACGCGCGCGCGUGCCGCGCGCGUAUGACUUUGGUUGUUCUGGGCUGGCGCUCAGCACCGUGGUGGCCGUUGCUUUCCGGGAGCGUCGCGGAGGGCCGCGGCUUCGCGCCGUUCGUGCACCGGCAGCUGUACUUUCCUGCCGGUCGGGAGGUCCUGGUCCCCGGGCGCGCGUCACGCGACCGGUUCUUCGGGAAGGGAGUUCCCAUUUCAGACGUCUUCGUCCUCGACUGCGAUUUUUCCACAUGA